AUGUCGGACGAUGAGUUUAUGUGCGGUGACGAUGAGGAGGAAUAUGAUCUGGUUUAUUCAGAGGAGAGUAAUUCUGAACCAGAUGUUGAUCUUGAGAACCAGUAUUACAACUCUAAGUCUUUGAAAGAAGAUGAUCCUAAGGCAGCCCUCGAAAGUUUCCAAAAGGUCCUGGAACUUGAAGGCAAGGAGAAAGGAGAAUGGGGUUUCAAAGCCUUGAAGCAGAUGAUCAAGAUUAAUUUUAGAUUGGGCAAUUAUGAUGAGAUGAUGGUAAGGUAUAAGCUUCUACUGACAUAUAUCAAAUCUGCAGUAACAAGGAACUAUUCAGAAAAAUCCAUCAACUCGAUUUUGGAUUACAUCUCAACAUCCAAGCAGAUGGAGUUGUUACAGGACUUCUAUGAGACAACUCUUGAUGCUCUGAAGGAGGCCAAAAAUGAACGCCUGUGGUUUAAGACAAACACCAAACUGGGCAAGUUAUACUAUGACAGAGAAGACUACACCAGGCUGCAGCGCAUUCUCAAACAGUUACACCAGUCUUGCCAGACUGAUGAUGGCACUGAUGACUUGAAAAAGGGGACCCAGUUGUUGGAGAUUUACGCCCUGGAAAUUCAGAUGUACACAGCUCAGAAAAACAACAAAAAGUUAAAGGCAUUGUAUGAGCAGUCUCUUCACAUCAAGUCUGCUAUCCCACAUCCUCUCAUCAUGGGUGUUAUCAGAGAAUGUGGAGGGAAAAUGCAUCUACGAGAAGGUGAAUAUGAACGAGCACACACAGAUUUCUUUGAGGCCUUCAAAAACUAUGAUGAAUCUGGUAGUCCAAGACGAACAACAUGUCUCAAGUAUCUUGUUUUGGCAAAUAUGCUUAUGAAGUCUGGGAUCAAUCCGUUUGAUUCACAAGAGACUAAACCAUACAAGAUGGACCCAGAAAUUUUGGCUAUGACAAACUUAGUCAGUGCUUAUCAGAACAAUGACAUCAGUGACUUUGAGAAAAUACUCAAAACCAACAGACAGAACAUCAUGGAAGAUCCUUUUAUCAGGGAGCAUAUUGAAGAUCUGUUACGAAACAUCCGCACACAAGUUCUUAUCAAGCUCAUCAAGCCAUACACACGGAUACACAUUCCUUUCAUUUCAAAGGAACUGAACAUCGAUGCUGUUGAGGUGGAAAACCUGCUUGUGUCUUGUAUUUUGGACAACACAGUGAAUGGGAGGAUAGACCAGGUGAACCAGGUCCUGGAACUUGAUCGAGAAUCCACAGGAACUGCAAGAUACAAUGCCCUGGACAAGUGGACACUACAGCUGCAGAGUUUACAUCAGGCUGUCAUUAGCAAGAUUGCGUAG